GGAAUAAGCUGAAAUAUGUUCAGUUCUCGUGUAAAUCUUGGCUUGAUUCAGACGAUGAAAAAUUGAAUCCCGAAGUUUGGAAGUUAAAAAAUUGGUAUUCUCAUCGCCGUUGGAACAUUAUUGUGAGGACUAAGAUCGUUUCACGAUAAGAAAGAUGACCUCACUGGCCACAGUGCUAACAACGGUCUGCGCUUUGUUGCUACUCCUGGAAGGCAUAUCUUGUUGUUCAAGAGUUCCACAAGCACCACAUGGACGUAAAGGACGCGGAGAUAACGGUUAUCGAAUAAUAGUUGGCGAUGAACCAUCCGGUUAUGAGCCGGGAAAGAUUUACAAUUUGUUCCUAUUGGGAUCGCGAACACAUGGCAAUAUUCAGCAAUUCACGCAUUUCACGUUAAACGCCCAGACCGCUUCCACGUCGUCACCAGACACAGCUGUUUAUCGUAUGGCAAGUCCGAGAAAAGUGGGACGCUUCCAAUUGUUCAGCGAUGCGUUGAGUAAAUUCAACGAAGAUUGCGUGAAUACUGUGUCCGAAGCAGACGAUUUCCCGAAAACUGAGAUUCAAGUUAUGUGGGUAGCUCCGGCAGCCGGAUCCGGUUGUGUGGCACUACGAGCAAUGGUGUAUGAAGAAUCGAAAAGUUGGUAUUCCGAUGAUGAUCAACUAACGAAGAUUAUUUGCGAGAAUACGGAAAAGCGUACGGCAGAAUGUUGCGCCUGUGACGAAGCGAAAUACAGUUUUGUCUUCGAAGGAAUUUGGUCGAACGAAACACAUCCCCGAGACUAUCCGUUCGCCGUUUGGCUAACCCAUUUUUCGGAUGUGAUUGGUGCUUCACACGACUCAAACUUUUCGUUCUGGGGAGAAAAUCAUAUCGCAACCGAUGGAUUCCGGUCGUUAGCCGAAUGGGGAUCGCCGCGAGCAUUAGAAACGGAACUGAGGGCCAAAGGGCCGAGAUUGAGGACACUCAUCAAAGCAGCUGGAUUGUGGUAUCCGAAUGUGAAUCAGAACACUUCGUCUCAAUUCCGGGUCGAUCGUGAUCACCACAAACUAUCGUUGGUUUCAAUGUUCGGUCCAUCACCGGAUUGGGUGGUUGGCGUCAGUGGUUUGAAUUUAUGUGAAGCGGACUGCACGUGGAAGGACAGCAUUGAUAUCGAUUUGUAUCCAUGGGAUUCGGGCACAGAUAAUGGCAUCACGUACAUGUCACCUAACGCGGAAACUCAGCCGCGAGAGAGAAUGUACAGAAUUACGACAAUGUACCCAGAAGAUCCGAGACAACCAUUCUAUAAUCCGAACAGCGAUAAGAUGACGCCGUUGGCAAAAUUGUAUAUUCGUCGAGAACGAGUCUUUUCCAGAAACUGUGACGAUAGUUUCCUGCAGUCACAAAUAUUGGAUGUGUCCGAGAACACUGAAGAGGGUGAAUCACGACCUCAAUGCUCAACCACUCAAUUCACGCAAUGGACCCCGUGUUCCGUUACCUGCGGCAAAGGAAUCCGAAUGCGUAGCCGUGAGUAUACGAAUCCCACUUUGGCGGCUGAAUCGCAAUGCAAUCGACAAUUGGUCAAUAAGGAAAUGUGCGUAGCCGAUGUGCCGGAGUGCGAAAACAACGUCGACGAACCGGAAGAGAAUCUGGCUAGAAGUCAGGCCAACGUUGACGAUGCUGGUGAAGGUGUCGGUGUUUGCAAGACAACGAAAUGGUCAGAGAUGUCACCAUGUUCGGCUACAUGUGGAAUUGGAAUAUCGAUGAGAACACGAACGUUCAUAGACCAUGCCGGCAGGAAAAAGUGUCCUCAUGUAUCUGUUGUCGAAAAGGAGAAGUGCAUGAAGCCGGAAUGUUCUUUCGAGCAAAUUGAAUUGCCAGAUCCUUUGUGUCCAGUCACGGUCUGGAGUGAAUGGAGUCCUUGCAGCAAAACCUGUGGAAAUGGAAUCCGAAUCAGGACAAGACUUCUGUUAGCCGAUUCGUCGAUGACUGAGACAUGCAACGGACGCUUGGAAUUGAAUCAACAAGAGGUCUGCUCAAAUCGACCGACAUGCUUCUUCGAUCAACAAGAAGCUCUAGAUAUCUGUGCCCAAGUGCAGGAUGUUGGACCUUGCAGAGGAGCCUAUAAUCGUUACUCGUACGACAGAGACAGGUCUGCGUGCGUUCCAUUCGUGUAUGGAGGUUGUCGUGGCAAUCAGAACAAUUUCUUAACCUUACAAGAGUGUCAAGACUUGUGCAUUCGCGGUCAAGAUGCGCCUACGACCCAAUCGCCAGCAGUGCCGGUGAACAGAGGACGAGGACAUAAUUUAGCAGACGUGACUGAUUGUGUAGUCAGUGAAUGGGGUGAAUGGUCACCAUGUUCCGUAUCGUGUGGCAAUGGAACAACUGAAAAGUAUCGCCGUAUCAUUACCGAAGCGAGAAACGGAGGUGUUGCAUGCCCGAAAAAAUUAUCCAAACGUAAACGUUGCUUCCAGCAGUGUUGAUUGUAGUGUCUUUCCCCAAUUUAUAGUAAAAUCAAACUGAACGUUGUACGCGAAGCACAUCCGGUUCAAUAAAAUUGUCGAAUUAAGUCGAAAGGAG